ACUACGCCAAUACUACUAUGCUACAUUGAUUCUAAGCCUUUAUAGUUUCCUAUUAGACGUUAUGUACUCGGUAAGAGAUAGUUUUUUCAAAUCUAAUAUCACGUUAUCUUCUUACUUUUUUCUCGGUCAAUAUCUAUUCCUUAGCAUCUUCUACCUUCUACUGUAAUCGUCUUCACUUUUCUAAUAGCAGCAAACAGAUGUCUUCUAUGGACAUAACCAAACCACCGUAGUCUUCCAUUCACUAAAUUUAUUGAUGAUCGAUGCCACUAAUGUUAUUCUUUUUAUUUUGUAACUUUUCUUAUGCAUACGUCACGUGGAGCGCACGUGAUUUAGGUUUUUUUUGUGAGUCCUGAUUUCAACGGGAAUCAAACUAGGUUUUAGGACGGAUUCUCUUCCGAUUGGGGUUUCCGGUUCCGACGAUGGCGAUUCCACAUCCUUACGAUCCAGUAUAUUACAACAUUCCGUCCAUUCCUCCACUGGAGUAUGCCGGUUAUGACGACCCCAACGCCAUUAAUACACUCUUCGUUUCGGGUCUACCUGACGACAUCAAGGCACGUGAGAUCCACAAUCUCUUCCGCCGUCGACCUGGGUUUGAUUAUUGCCAACUCAAGUACACGGGCCGCGGCAAUCAGGUUGUUGCAUUCGCAACUUUUGUAAACCAUCCAUCAGCAAUGGCGGCUCUUCGUGAUCUGAAUGGUGUUAAGUUCGACCCUCAAACUGGUUCCACUCUGCAUAUUGAACUUGCAAGAUCAAACUCCAGAAGAAAGCGGAAACCAGGCCCUGAAGCUUAUGUUGUUAUUGAUAAGAGAUCCAUUGCUACUAAGGAUGAUCAAGAUUCUAGUGACGAUGGAGAUAGUGAAACUGAAGAACCAUCUGAAACCGACAAGGAUAAUGCAGCAAGGAGUGAUGAGGAGACGACUGGGGAUCCUGACAAUACUGUAGGUGCAGAAAAUGAACAGGCAGAAAAUACAGUGGAUGGAGCGUGUUCGACUUUGUUUAUUGCAAAUUUAGGUCCCAAUUGCACGGAAGAUGAGCUAAAACCUGUUCUUUCCCAGUACCCUGGAUUUAACACACUCAAGGUGCGUAACAGAGGUGGAAUGCCUGUUGCAUUUGCGGAUUAUGAGGAGGUGGAGCAAGCUACUGAUGUCAUGAAUGCUCUUCAGGGAAGCACACUACAAUCAUCUGACCGUGGAGGCAUGCAUAUAGAGUAUGCAAGAUCAAAAAUGAGAAAACGGUGAAAGGUGAAACCCUGAUCUUUAAGUGAAUUGGAUUCUUGUGGUUGUAGGAGUUGAGGAGAAAUGGUAGGUUGGCUGUAUGUGUAUUUAGUGUAUGUAUAUGCUCGUGUCUUAGUCAUAUUUUCACAAGACUCAAAAGCUAGAUGUAAUUUCAAGAUACCAAGGCUCUUCUAUCAUACGCUUUUUACUCGAACAAAUUUGACUUGUUUGUUUUGAUAGUUUUUGUCAAACCAACACGCU